AUGACACAGGCUCCUAAGGGUGAUGUGGGAAGAAAAGGAAGCCGUGGGGAUGCUGGACCCCAGGGGGAUGAUGGAGACAGAGGAGACAAAGGACAACAAGGAGAACGUGGCUUUCCUGGCCCUGCUGGUCCAAAGGGACAAAGAGGUGUCCCUGGAUUACCUGGUCCAAGAGGCUUCCCUGGCCCCACUGGAGAGGAUGGAGCAACUGGGCCCCCUGGAUCUCCAGGGUCUCGGGGACCUGAAGGUCCAGGGCUGCCUGAGGAGCAGGUGUAUGAACUGUGUCGUAAUGUGGUUAUAGCUCAGAUAGCCCAAUAUGCACCUGCUAUCAGAUACAAAUGUGCCAGCGCCUGUCCUACUGCUAACAUGACACUAAUUGGCCCCCCAGGGCCUCGUGGAAUGGCAGGACCACCAGGGAAAAAGGGAAAAAGAGGUCUGGAUGGAUUUAAAGGUGAGCCUGGUCCAAGAGGACCUAUUGGAUUUCCUGGAGCUAAAGGAGCAGCUGGGGAACCAGGAGACAGAGGUCAGAAAGGUGAGAGAGGAGAUUCGGGCAUGGGACUCCCUGGCCCAGAUGGACCUCAAGGCUUUAGAGGAUUCCCUGGACAUCCUGCUGUUGCCAAAGAUGGCCAGCCAGGCACAGCAGGUCCCCCUGGAUACAGCGGUCCUCCAGGUCAGCCAGGAUUUCCUGGCCCUUCGGGUGUCCCUGGACUAUGUGAAGCAACAGACUGCAGGAUCUAUGCGCCUCACCUACUGUCAGAACAGGGAUUAGUGAAGGGACCAUCUGUUUAAUUAUAAAAUAAUAAUGAUGCCAGGAUAGAUGUGGAAAAAUAUCCGGAUGGCACCCAUUUCCUGUUGGAAUAACGCCACCACCUGAUUCUUCAUUGGUGACCUAGUAAUGUUCUACUUGGCUAAUGGGACCCUGAUAUUAGGCAUUAAACCCCAAAUGUUGUGAUUUCUUUAUUACAUGCCCAGCUAUAUUUAUGCAAAUCUGUGCAACUGGUGUAUUGUGGAAGUACCAGUUCACCCUCAAAUCAUUGGUGCAUAAACACUAAACAGUAGAUAAGUAAACAUUGCAGUAAGUCCAGCUAAGAAUAAAUUUUGCCCUCAGAUCUUCAAGUACUACCCCAUUUUAAUAGUUCUAGUUAAAGUCCUUGAGUGUUUGAUUAUCCAUUGAGACUCAAGGCUGCUUGACUUUUAUUUAAAAUGUAUUCUGGGUCUCUUAUAAGCCAAGUGAAUGCAGAUAAACAAGA